CAAAAAGUGACAAAAUAAUUAAGCUGCCUCGACGCAUUUUCGCUAUCUUGAGCGGCUGCUCUUGGACGAAUCUCCUGAGUUCAUGAGAUAGCAGUAAAGGAGGCGACAUUCCAGUCCUGGAGCUAUCAAGUUUAUCGGGAGGUCUCGGAGCGAACGCGCCCUUUUAGGAGUUACAUGAUUUGUAAGAAAAAUAGAGCGUCCUUCACUUCAGAACAGUUUACUUAAACCAUAGCGAAACACCCAAGAGACUCUCGUAGUCGAAACAGGUUUCCUUGACGGACAAAGACUCCCUCUGGAUCGAUACAUGAUUGUGAUGUUUUGAGAGAAAGCAUAUCUCCAUCUCCAGCGACUUGAGGCAACAACUGCCAUGUAGGCCUACUGCGAAAGAAGUGGAAGGAGAAAAAUGAGUGUGUUGUCCUGAUCCUUUUGUUCAAAAACAUGCAAUAAACUAAACGGAACUAGAAAUAAAAAUGUUUAGAGUGAGUGUUAAAUCUAGUAUCUCAACACUUCAGUAUUAGUAGCGAAAUUGCUUUGAAUUUUGAAAAGCAAAUUAAUUAGGUACAGGAUACAAAGGAAAUUAUGUGAUAGCAUCUGGUUCUUUCUGUAAAGCUAACAAUGACCACAGAACAUAAUUUCACUCAGAUAUAUUGCAAUUACUCCUUCCAAGGUGGCAAUCAAACUGAUUGCUCGGAAGAUGCUAUCCGUAUACACACAGCAGACUUUGUCAUCAUAAUCCUGUAUCUAAUUCUGUCUAUAGUCGUCGGUCUUUACCUCAGUAUGAAACACAAAACUGCGUCCGAUUACUUCUUAGCCAGUCGAUCAACAAAAUGGCCUUUUGUAGGAUUAUCUCUGUUUGCCUCUAAUAUCUCCAGCUCAUCAUUGGUGGGUCUUGCAGGCGACGCUUAUAGCACUGGGAUUUCUGUGUACAAUUACGAAUGGUUUGCAGCGAUCGUGCUCAUCUUCAUAGCAGUGGUAUGUAUUCCGAAUAUGUUAGAGAUGGAGCUCUUCACAAUGCCAGAAUUUCUGGAAAGGCGGUACAACAUUGGAACAAGGUAUUACUUCUCCAUCUUGAGUAUAUUCCUCAACAUUGCAGGUGGGAUAGCUGGCAGUCUGUACGCUGGAGCGCUGGUCUUGAAGAUGAUUUUCCCCAAGUUAGAACUGUGGCACACAAUAGCAAUACUUGCAGUCAUAGCCGGUGUAUAUACCAUCACUGGAGGCCUGAAAGCGGUGAUUUACACAGACGCGCUGCAGGCUGUCAUCUUACUCUUUGGCUCUUUAAUGAUUUCAGUAUAUGCUUUAAUAGAAGCUGGAGGUUGGCAGGCAGUCAGAGAGGAGGUACCACCAGAUUUCAUGAGUCUAGUGAGGCCUGUCAAUGACCCUGCUGUCCCAUGGACAGGAUUGGUCACAGGUCUACCUUUGCUUGGCUUGUAUUACUGGUGUUUCAACCAGACUAUUGCGCAAAGAGUUCUUAGCUCUAAGGAUGUCAGCCACGGGAGGAUAGGAUGCUUACUCGCGGGACUCCUGAAGCUACCUGUGCUUUUUAUAAUGGUUCUACCAGGCACAAUGGCUAAAGUUAUCUACCCUGAUUUGCCAAAAGCUGAUUUCGUGUACCCAAUUCUGCUGUUAAGACUCUUACCAACCGGAAUACUUGGCAUUGUACUCUCUGGGUUUCUCGCAGCUCUGAUGUCACAAGUCGACUCUGUCCUCAAUUCCACAGCGACGUUAGUUACGAUGGAUUUCGUCCAGAAAUUCAAACCGGAUCUGAAUGACACACAACUCAUGAACGUUGGUAAAUUUGUCACGUUUGUUUGUAUGUUGCUAUCGGUCUGCUGGGCUCCGUUUCUGGGCAGAAUCGAUUCUCUCUUCAAGUUCAUGCAAAAACUCUUGUCUUACCUAAUACCCCCCGUAGUGUCGCUCUAUCUCGGAGGGUUCUUCUGGAAAGGAGCUAAUUCCCGAGGCGCUAUUCUCGCCCUCAUCUUGGGAAAUAUUUGGGGCGUUGCCCUGUUCGUGCUCAACGAAGUCUUGGAGAUGUUUCACAUCCACUUCUUGCACGUGGCAGCCAUUUUGUUCGUACUGAGUUUCCUCGUGUUGGUUGGUACGAGUCUCGUCAGUGAUAGUACCAAUACAGAGGACCAGGUGAAAGUUGUCUGGUCAUCACAGAAGUUCCUGGAUGACAUCAAAGCAACCAAACAGGUUCCAUUGUGGAAAAAUUAUCUCGUGCACUGUCUGCUUCUAACUUUAAUCGCGGUGGUCAUUGUUGGUUGCUUUUGGUAAGAUACUACCUAUGAAGCAAUGGGAGAAAUCAGCAUCCAGAAAUACUACAAAAUGGAAUCAAAUUUUUUUUUUAGUCUUACAUAUCUCGACUGUCCUGAUCAUCACAGAGAACCAUGGGCGACCGCAGCAUCUUUUCCAAGAGGGGGGGGGGGGGGGCAUAUAUCUUCUUAAUACAUACAUGGAUAGUUUCCGGUAUCAAGUAGACAAACACUUUUAAUCCUUUGACCUAGCAAGUUAAUUCCAAAAACUAUAUUAUUGCCUGCAUUUCUUUAAUGAAUAAAGCAAUUGUAUACGCGCACACACAUAGGGGCAAGAGGAGCCACUUGCUCUCACUGAAAU